AUGCCUUCGGCUACCGGCAAGCGGAGGUUGGCGAUGCCAGAGCAGAUCGACCGCACACGGGUGGCACCUGCUCCAGACCCAGAACGUCUGCCGCCCUCUGUGAUUGCCGAACGGGCUGCAGCUGCUGCCGCUGUCUCGUCGUCGGCGGCGGCCGCAUCUCCGCCUCCGCGCCCCCCAGUAACUGCUCAGGCGACAACAGCGGCAACAAUUCCCUCGUCCUCCUCUGUUCCAGCCCCAACACCCGCAGACGAGAAACACCACAAGCUCCACUGUGUCAAGCUCCGUUCCCUCGCAAAACCCCUCGACCCCAAAGUCCCUCGAGACACGAGCCGCGCCGUCGAGUGGACAGUGGACGAGACGGGCGACAAGGUCCGCGCAUGGCUGGGCGGAGUUGGCAAGUACGCGCCAACCACAACGGCAGCGGCACUCGGCACACGCAAGGCAGAGCGCAUAUGGGUCCCGGACGUCAUGCCGGGAGGCAAGCUGUUCGACACACUGGUCCCCCAGUCCAAGCUCGCGCGCGAUGGUAUCUCCAUCCUCUGUAUCUCGCAGAAACCAGGGCCGCGCACCGCCGUCGUCCUGGACCUUGCGACGUCGGCGGGGGAACAAAUGAACAUGGGUGACGUCCUCGUUCUCGUUCGCGGAUGGCCUUGA